AUUCAAUUGAAAUAAUCCAAUCAACCAAACACUGAACAAGAAAGAAGAAGAAGGAAGUUGAAGAGGGUCUGAACAUGGCGACGGCUUCUUCCUCCCUUCACCAACCCAUAUUCCCACAAUAUCCUUCUCUUUCUCGCAGUUCUCGAUUCCACCCUCCCCUCCGUUUUUCCUCUCUUCGCUUUCCCUCCAGAAUUCGUGCUAGCUCAGCAGUCGCUCUUGAACCGGAAUCAAGCACUCAGCUGAAUAAUGGUUUGGAAUUUGACUUGUUUUCAUGCCCAGUAUGUUAUGAACCUCUAAUAAGAAAAGGUCCUCCGGGUCUUAACUUGCCAGCCAUCUACAGAUCUGGUUUCAAAUGUAGGAGUUGCAAUAAGUCAUACUCCAGCAAAGACAUGUAUCUGGAUCUCACUAUUACUGCUGGAUCAAAGGACUAUAAUGAACUUCAACCAAAUAGAACUGAGCUAUUCCGGAGUCCACUUGUUUCAUUUUUGUAUGAAAGAGGCUGGCGUCAAAAUUUUAACCGGAGUGGUUUCCCUGGUCGUGAUGAAGAGUUCAAAAUGGCUCAAGAGUACUUUAAACCUGUCAUCGGUGGUCUUCUGGUAGAUGUCAGCUGCGGGAGUGGUUUAUUUUCUCGAAAAUUUGCAGAAUCUGGGACCUAUUCUGGAGUCGUUGCGCUUGAUUUUUCUGAAAAUAUGCUUCGCCAAUGUUAUGAUUUCAUCAAAAAAGAAAAUCCUGAUUUAGCCUCCACGAAUCUUGCACUUGUAAGGGCAGACGUUUCUAGACUCCCCUUUUCAACAGGUUCAGUUGAUGCUGUUCAUGCUGGUGCAGCCUUACAUUGCUGGCCAUCUCCUUCAAAUGCAGUUGCUGAAAUCACUCGUAUACUGCGGAGUGGUGGUAUCUUUGUAGGAACCACCUUUCUUCGACCCAGCUUUGGCAACUCAUCCAUUACUUCAAUAUUAAGACCCUUAAGACAGUGGGAGAGGAGUCUGCAAAACUACAACAAUCUGACUGAGAAGGAGAUUGAAGACUUAUGCACAUCAUGUGGGCUUAUCAACUACAGAAGCAAGGUGCAGCGAUCAUUCAUCAUGUUUUCUGCGCAGAAGGCUUGAAACUUUGUCCAUCAAUUUCAUUUUUAUUAACACUUUGGUAUCAAGACAUUUCAGCAGUGGUGUAUAUGAUGCAUAUAUUAUUACUUCUGAAGUUUUUAUUUUCAAA